UAUUGGCCCUAGCUCCAGACGCAACGCACAUACAAUACGCGCAGAUCAUACCAAACGCUGAAUCUCAAUCGGACGACGCCAUGGAUUUCGAUGAGCUGCUGGCCAAGUGCGGCAAUAGCCAUCGCUAUCAAUAUCUGCUGCUUGGACUCUAUAGCCUGUUGAUGUUUGUCACAUCGAUGCACAACUUCUCCCAGAACCUGAUCGGCUUUGUGCCCGAUCACUGGUGCCAUCACGAGCAGCUGGAGAAUCGCAGCUACGCAGAGAUAGAGGCCAUCUAUAAUCAGUUUGAGAAACCCUCGUGUACGCGUCUGGCGACAAUCGGUUCAGAUCUGGAUGGGCGGAAUACGACAAUCAGUGGGGAGCGCUGUGAUCGCUGGAUUUACAACUAUGAUUUUGGUUUUAGGAGCAUGAAUACGGAGCUUAAUUGGGUCUGUGAUGAGGCCUAUAAGGCACCCGUGGGACAAUCUUUCUUCUUUGUGGGCUCCAUGUGUGGCACGCUCAUCUUUGGUUUGCUGGGCGAUCGAAUUGGACGCAUUAAGGCCGUCAUUUUGGCCAAUUGGUGCGGCUUCUUGGGCGACUUCUUAACGAUCUUCACGGAGAGUCUGACAGCCUUCUCCAUAACACGUUUCGUUUCGGGGCUGGCAGUUGAUGCCAACACCUAUCUCAUGUAUAUUUUGGCUCUCGAAUACAUCUCGCCCUCGCUGCGAAAUGCAGGUCUGAGCAUAAGUAUGGGUAUCUUUUACUGCUUGGGCAUGAUAUGUGCCUGUGGGCUGGCCAUCUUGGUGGGCAAUUGGCGUUGGUUUCUGGCCUGCACCUCAUUGCCACUGCUGCUGGUUACACUGUUCUACUUUCUGGUGCAAGAGAGCGCCCAGUGGCUGGUCACACGCAACGACAUCGAUGGAGCGGUGCUGCGUUUGCGUCGUGUGGCCAAAAUGAAUCGUCGCAGCAUCUGUGAAGCGGACUUAGACGCCUUCCGCAGAUAUUGCCAGAUCAACUGCACCAGGAAAGCACAGGAAUCCAAUGAGAAUCAGGACAAGCUCAUCGACAUGUUCCAGACGCCGCAUUUGCGCAAAACCAUAAUCACAAUGCUGAUCGUGUUCACGAUCAUAUCGGUGUGUUAUAACACCUUGGCCCGCAACGUGGAGGGUCUAGGCAUAUCGCCAUUUAUAAUGUUCUCAAUGACUGCACUAACGCUGCUGCCCUCGGGCCUGAUCCAGGCCGAUAUCCAGAAGCGCAUCGGCCGCAAGGGCUCAUCGGUGCUGUCGAUGCUGCUCACCGGCUUGUUUACAGCGGCCAGCGGCAUAGCCCUGUCCUUCUGGCAGCAGCCCAGUACCGUGCUGUUGAUCACUUUGACAAUGGCCUCCCGCCUCGGGCUGUCGGUCUGUUUUGGUUCGACCCUGCUGUUCUCCACAGAGCUGGUGCCCACCUGCGUACGUUCUCGUGGUCUGGCCGUGGCCCAUGUUUCCGGAGCGGCUGCCUCUCUGCUUUCGCCGUACAUCCUGCACCUGGGCACGUACUACAGAGCUGGUCCUUCGAUAAUAUUGUGCCUGCUGUUUUUCAUCUGUGCCUAUUUGUGCCUACUUCUGCCGGAGACGGGCAAUCGUAAGCUUCCCAUCUCCCUGGCCGAGGGCGAGCAGUUUGGCAGGGAAGAUCGCAUGUUUGACUUCUUAAGGACAGCCACGGCACAGACUGCAGCUGAAGCCGAUCGAAAGCCAGAGGCCGAGCCACUGCAGAAACUCAUGUCUUAAUAAAUUUCUAACUUGGGGUUUAAACGCCUUUAAGUUUCAUUAAUUGAUCAAUUAAGCUGCGGCAGCCCAUCAAAGUGUGUGAAGCAAGUGUCCCAAGCAGGCAUAACUAUCUAGUACUUAAGAGCAUUAAACUAUAAGAUACCCUGUACGCAAGUGAAUUCGUUAUCAAGAUAUUGCAACAGAAUGAAGAGUCGCAAAAGUAUUUUAUCCAAAUAAUUAUUUGGAAGAACUCUUCUACUGUUAAGCUGAUAGUUAUUUAGUUAUAAG